UCUGAAUCCUAAUUUUUAAUAAAACUCUCUCUCUCUCUCUCUCUCUCUCUCCGUUCCAAUUCCGUUUGACUUCGGACUGUGUUUUUCCCCGGAGAGACCAGACCAGACAGUGACAAACGACAAGGCAGAGUUGUUGAAGAGAGAGGAGAGAGAAAAUGGAGGGUCUUGGAGGUGGUGGUGGUGGAGCUCACUAUAAUCCUCGCACAGUCGAAGAGGUUUUCAGGGAAUUCAAGGGCCGUAGAGCUGGAAUGAUCAAAGCUCUCACUACAGAUGUUGAAGAUUUCUAUCAGCAAUGUGAUCCUGAGAAGGAGAAUCUUUGCCUCUAUGGAUUUCCCAGCGAGCAAUGGGAAGUUAACUUACCCGCCGAAGAGGUGCCUCCAGAGCUGCCGGAGCCUGCGCUUGGUAUUAACUUUGCGAGAGAUGGAAUGCAGGAAAAGGACUGGUUAUCCUUGGUUGCUGUCCACAGUGAUGCAUGGCUACUUUCUGUUGCCUUUUAUUUUGGCGCAAGAUUUGGAUUUGACAAGACAGACAGGAAGCGACUUUUCAAUAUGAUAAAUGAUCUUCCAACAAUAUUUGAAGUCGUGACGGGUGCUGCAAAGAAACAAGUAAAGGAGAAGUCAUCAGCAAAUCAUGGUAGCAACAAAUCCAAGUCAAACUCCAAGAAGGGGUCAGAAUCUCAAGUGAAACAGUCGAAACCAUUGCCGCCAAAGGAUGAGGAUGAGGUCUUGGACGAAGAAGAUGGAGACGAGCAUGGUGAAACAUUAUGUGGGGCAUGUGGCGAAAAUUAUGCAUCAGAUGAGUUCUGGAUCUGCUGUGACAUCUGCGAGAAGUGGUUCCAUGGCAAGUGUGUGAAGAUCACCCCGGCAAGAGCUGAGCAUAUUAAGCAGUACAAGUGCCCAUCAUGCAGCAGCAAUAAGCGAGCUCGCCCCUGAUGCGGCCGUCCCAACGACAAUUUGUAUUUCUAGUUGUACUCUUCUCUGGGUGGAAUCUGGCCUGCUAACUGAUUUGCAAAUUAGUCUUUCUUUCCUAGUCCUAGAAUUGGUGCAAACUUGUGAAAUUAUACUUUAAAAAGGGGAAUCCUAAUUUUAGUACAGUACGAUUACUUUGUAGGUUCUGGAUGGUCCCUUGUUAAUUUAUUAGUACAUUUGUGGCGCUCUUAAUGUUUAAAUAGAAAAUUGUCUCACAAAUCUGCGUCUUUAUGAUGGCGUAGGGCAUGAAGAAAGCGCACUGUC